AAGGCUGAUCUCGGCUAUAUAUAGACCAGCAGCUAUAGCUUGAUUAGUUUUAGUUAGUGCGUGCUAUGGCGGCGACAACAUACGAUAGCAUUGAAAAGAUCUGGUCGGGUCCCAAAGACAAGGAGUACUAUGGACCCGACAUGACCUUGGGCGAGGUGGCGCUGCUCAUACUCAAGCUGCAUGCGGAUAAAGUAAUGCAGGUAUUUGAUCCGACAGGUGAGCAACUCACAGGUGCGCAGCUCUAUGAGCAGAGUCGGCGUCUGGCGCAUGCUUUUCAGCACUUGAAGCUGCAACGUGGCGAUGUCGUGGGCAUCUCAGCUACGAACACAACUUAUCUAACCGAGGUGGUCAUAGCAGCGCUGCUAAGCGGCACGCCCAUUAAUCCAUUGCAUCCAGAGUUUGACAAAGAAACUGUCGCCUAUAUGUACGAGCUGACCAAGCCGAAAGUUAUAUUCUGCGAUGUGGCCAACUAUGAAAUACUAGCAGCAGUUAAGCAAAGUCUUAAAUUUAAAACGGAGUUAAUACUGCUGAGUGGCAGUUUGUCAGCGGUGCGGAAUAUUGAAGAUCUGCUGAAGCUGGGGGAGAUUGACUAUGAUCCAAAGACGCUCUUUGCCUGCCCGCAUAUGAGUGGCGAUGAUACCGCGUUUAUCAUUAGCUCCUCAGGCGUGACUGGUUUGCCCAAAGGCGUCACCCGCUCGCAUCGCAGUCUGCUGAGCAAUACCAAAAUACCCUGUUUGUUUGGCUCGCAGUCUGUGCUGUUCUGCUAUAGUCCGCUCUACUGGAUUUCGUGCAUUUUCACGCUGCUCGCCUCGCUGGUGAAUGGCUGCAAGCGCAUUAUAACCAAUCGUGCCUACAAUGUGGAUUACUUUGUGGAGCUGCUGGCGCGGCAUGGAGUAACCUUUGUGCUCACCGUGCCACAUCAUAUGGCGCUGCUGGCAAAGUCGCAACGCUCGGACUUGCAGCAACAGCUGCAGGCGGUGCAAUCUUUUGUGUGCAGCGGCUCGAAGCUGCCGCUGAGCAUUUGGCGUCAGCUCGUUGACUUGCUGGGCAGCCAGCGCUUUCAGGUGCUCUACGGGCUGUCCGAGGUGGGUGGCGUAAGCAAAAAUGUGGGCGCUCCGCUGGGCUGUGAGGGCAAACUGCUGCGCAAUGUGCAGGUGCGCAUAUUGAGUGAGCAGGGCGAAGCUUUGGGGCCCAAUCAAACAGGACAUAUUAACAUACGCCUCAAGCUGCGUUGGGGCGGCUACUACCGCCAGCCGCUGGACACUCAAGCUGCCGUCAGCUCAUCCGAGGCUGGGCAGUGGCUGCUCACUGGCGAUCAUGGCUACUUCGAUGAUGCGGGCAAUUUACACUACCAAACACGCAAUUCGGAUGUGUUUAGAUCCAAUAAUUUUCACAUAUGUCCCAAGCAAAUAGAGGAUGUGAUUCUGCAGCUGCCUGGAGUGCAUGAAGUGGGCGUUUUUGCUCUGCCCGAUGAUAUAUCCACCAAUCUUACUGCCUGCGCUGUGGUGCGUGAAGCGAAUGCGGCGGGUGCGGCGCUUACAACGGAUUUGAUUAGCGCUACGGUCAAGCAGCAUUUGGGCGAAGCUUUUCAUCUGCACGGUGGCGUAUACUUUAUGCAUAAACUGCCCAAAACCACCAACAAUAAAAUACAACGCAGACGCAUUUUGGCUGAGCUUAAGCAAAAGUUUUAA